CUAGAUUUGCAUCUGACCAAUGACCGCAGCUAUGCUAACGCCCCGGACUGCUGCUGCCGGUUUCAGUUGAAGCGCUGUGCGCGGAGCUCAGUCUCUCUGGUGGGUCGAGAAGGCUCCAGCACUGCUUUCUGUUCGCUGCUUUUGUUUUUGCACAACGCUGGAUUUGGAUUUAAUGUUCAGCAUGACAUUUGAGGAACUAAACGGGGAUUACUCUCAGGAAAGGAUGGACACAGUGGCUAAAGCCUUGGAGGAAGUCCUGACCUCUGCGCUGCCACAGGGCUGCAUCACGGUCGGUGUCUACGAGGCAGCAAAGUCUCUCAAUGUAGACUCCGAUAACGUGGUUCUGUGCAUCCUGGCUACGGAUGAGGAUGAUGUAAAAGAUGUGGCCCUGCAGAUCCACUUUACCCUCAUACAGGCAUUCUGCUGUGAGAACGACAUCAACAUCCUGCGAGUCAACAGCACCAGGCGCCUGGCUGAAAUCCUGGGAGGAGGAGGAGGAGGAGGGAAGCUGAGCGGAGCUGAACCUCUAGACCUGCACUGUGUUCUCGUCACCAGCCCACAUCCUGCAUCGUGGAAAGACCCCGCUCUGGGCAAACUCAACCGAUUCUGCAGAGAGAGCCGCUGCAUGGAUCAGUGGAUACCCAUCAUCAACCUGCCUGAGCGAUGAACUCCCCAGCAGCUAAAACCUGUCCAGGAAGUGUGAUCUGCACAGGAAGUGUGGUCUAACCCAGACGGACACAAUUUUAUCAAACGGUGCUGCUCUGCUGAUGGAGGGGAGAAAAGCAAGAGAAACACCUGCAGGCAGCAUGGGAUGUAUUUGAAGGAGAGGGCUGGAAGUUCCCGUUUGGACUGGGCUGCUGGGAAUGGCUGUGCACGAGGAUGCCACUGUGUGGUUUGGUAAGUCCAGACCGCUGAGCGGUUGGAGGACCAAGGCCUCGGCCUCUGCAGACAUGAGAGCACUUGUUGGAACACGGCCUGCUGCAGUCGUUCUUGUUGAGGUUGCUGUCGUCAUCACUUCACAUCUCAGUGUUUAGUGUUUCAUUCACCAGCUUGCCUUUCACUAAUGUUACAAUUUAAGUUAUUUCUAAUUCUAUUUAAACUAUUUAUGUUCAUUUUUGUACUUAAUGAAGACGUGAGCGUGACACACGCGGUUUACGGUCAAUAAAAUGCUGUUUU